GCACGCAAUCGACGCUAUCCAAUUAGCGCGAGAAGAAGUCAUGGAGACUAGCCACGUGAUAAGGGUCCAGACAAGGCUGUGCGGAGAAGGCUGAGGCUGCAGCCUUGCCGCAAUACUACCCAAAUUCGUCCUCCGUUUCGUCCGCCCUCAGCCGCGCGAGCCCGCAGGCUCAACUUGCGACGGCAUCUGCAUUUCGAGAAAUCUUUGGUCUCUAACCUACAAACCUGUGCGGUCAGAGUGCUCGAGUGUAGGUAUUCGGGCUUCUGAAGGAUCAAGAUAAGCUCAGUACUGUCGUGUGCCCCUUCACAGUGAUCCGAGUCUGUGAACCCGCUCCCCGCAACCGCGGAACCCUGCGAUCGUGGACUCUUGAAUCAAGAGACACAGUUACACAGCAGCAGUCAUGGCCUCGGCACUAGUCCUAGGCUGCACUGGCCUUGUGGGCUCUCACAUUCUGUCCACAUUAAGAUCGGGCGCGCCGGCCUACUUCUCAAAUAUCGAUAUCAUCGCUCGCCGACCCCCUCCACCUGCCCCGGAAUCCAGCAUUCCGGUGAAAGAGUUCGUCGACAAAGACACCAACAAAUGGGCGCCGCAUAUAUCUUCGUUGUCACCUCCGCCGUCGGUCUUAUUCUCGGCGCUUGCGACCACCCGGGCUGCCGCCGGUGGCUUCGAGAACCAGUACAAACUCGAGCAUGAUCUAAAUAUUGAGCUUGCAAAGGCCGCCAAAGAAGCAGGGACAAAGACCUACGUGUUGAUAUCGGCCGGUGGUGCCAACCCUAAUGCUUUCUUUGCCUAUCCAAAGAUGAAAGGUGAAAUUGAAGAGCACAUCAAAGAGCUCGGCUUCGAGCAUACCAUCAUACUGCGUCCCGGCCUCAUCGUUGGCAAGCGUGAAGAAAGUCGCCUGGUUGAAGGUAUCUUCCGCACUAUUGCGACCGGAUUAGGCCACAUCCACAGCUCUCUAAAGAAUACCUGGGCGCAAGAUGCAGAUGUCAUCGCGAAAGCUGCCGUUUCCGCCGCCAUCAAGGCUGAAAAGGGUGAAGUAAAAGACAAAGUGUGGAUCAUUGGACAAAAGGAUAUCAUCCGACUUGGAUUGCACGAGUGGAAGUCAUCCUAAUGUUCCGUCCCAUCUUGACUUUCGUUUGCAAGUGAACAGAUACCCAUAAUUCAGGCAGUUAAGCAAUGCUAAUAAUCCAUGUUUGGCGGAAAUGUGCUGUAUUCACACAUCCAUUCUCUUCUCAAUAGCAGGUACUUUGUACUUCGGACACCGAGAUGCAAAACUCGAGAGUUCUAACUCCAGCUCGUUCAAACAC